AUGAUUUUUCAAACACUUUUUGAGUGUAUGGACUUCACUGGUUGGAUGUUGUUGUUCAGUUUUGUGUUGUUACUUUUGACUGAUGUGGUCAAAAAUUGGAAGCCUCGCAACUUCCCACCUGGACCCUGGACUUUGCCUUUUCUAGGAAAUGUCUUUACUGGAGGUGACUUCAAAUCAAUGGAGAAGCUUGCUCAGGAGCAUGGCCCAGUGUUCAGCCUGAGGAGAGGUAAUGAGAGGAUGGUGUUUAUUUCAGGAUACAAGAUGGUCAAAGAGGCUCUUGUUAACCAGCUGGACAGUUUUGUUGAUCGACCUAUCAUCCCUAUUUUCCAUCCUAUCGUCAAGGGCCUUGGCAUAGCUUUGAGUAAUGGAUACCUUUGGAAGAAACAGAGAAAAUUUGCCAAUACUCAUUUGCGUUACUUUGGAGAAGGCCAGAAAACUCUGGAAAAAUAUAUUGAAGUGGAAAGCAACUACCUUUGUGAAGCCCUUAAAGAGGAGCAAGGAGGACCAUUCAACCCCCACUACACUAUAACCAAUGCAGUCAGUAACAUCAUUUGCUCUGUGCUAUUCGGACAUCGCUUCGAAUACAGUGAUCAAAGCUUUCGCAAGUUUCUGGAGUUGGACAAUGAGGCCAUUUUUCUCUCUGGUUCUUUUGUGAGUCAGCUGUAUGACGCCUUCCCUGGUUUGCUGAAGUACCUGCCAGGACCUCACCAGACUGUUCAUUCCAACUACAAGGAGAUCUUGACUUUCCUGAAGAAGGAAAUCAAGAAGCACCAGGAGGAGGUGAACCCUGAUGACCCCCGUGAUUAUAUUGAUGUAUACCUGGCAGAGAUAGAGAAGAGAAAAGAAGAUCCCCAGGCUGGCUUCAAUGCUGACGGCCUGCUGGUUUGCAUCCUUGACUUGAUUGAGGCUGGUACAGAAACAACUGCCACCACGUUACGCUGGGGCCUUCUAUUCAUGAUGCACUACCCAGAGAUACAGGAGAAAGUCCAGGCAGAGAUCGACACAGUGAUUGGACAGUCUCGUCCACCCACCAUGGCCGAUAGACCCAACCUGCCCUACACUGACGCCGUCAUCCAUGAGAUUCAAAGGAUGGCAAAUAUUGCUCCCAAUGGAUUUCCCAAAAUGGCCAAUAAGGACACUACACUGGGAGGAUACUUCAUACCCAAGGGUACAGUUAUUAAUACGAUCCUUGCAUCUGUGCUGUUUGAUAAGAAUGAGUGGGUGACUCCACAUACCUUCAACCCUGAGCAUUUCUUGGAUUCAGAGGGCCAGUUUCGCAGGAGAGACGCCUUCUUGCCAUUUUCAGCAGGUAAACGGGUGUGUUUAGGGGAGCACUUGGCCAGAAUGGAGCUGUUCCUUUUCUUUACGUCUCUCCUCCAACACUUCACCUUCUCUCCUGUUCCUGGAGAAAUGCCCAGCUUGGAGGGUGUGCUGAGCCUCACCUAUUCCCCACAGAAGUUCAGGAUGCUAGCCGUGCCUCGCUGAUGUUCACUAUAUCUUCAGCUAUCCUCAUCAUAGAGGUUCACCUCUGUGAACCUUACAUCCAACAAUGGCACCUAAUGAUGACUACAUAUUAUAUGGCACUAAGCUUUCUACUACAAAAAUAACAGUGCUGUGCGUAUUUUAGCUGGCAGGUGUUUGUCACAGUACUGCACCAGUCUCUGUGCACGACUCUCCAGUCAAUCUCACACUAAAUAAAAAAUUAUACUGAUCACAGAAAUAUUUGCUGUUA